GUCCUGCGGAGGGCUCUCUCCUUUUCCGAGACAGCGGCGAGCCGGGGCGCACAGACUGGGCUCAACUGACACCGGGACCGGGACCAUCCACACGCCGGCUCCAGCAUGGGCAUCAAAUUUUUGGAAGUGAUAAAGCCCUUCUGCGCGGUCUUACCUGAAAUCCAGAAGCCGGAGAGAAAGAUCCAGUUCAGGGAGAAGGUGCUAUGGACGGCCAUCACCUUGUUCAUCUUCCUGGUGUGCUGCCAGAUCCCCUUGUUUGGGAUCAUGUCCUCCGACUCCGCGGAUCCCUUCUACUGGAUGAGGGUGAUCCUGGCUUCUAACCGAGGGACCCUGAUGGAGCUCGGCAUCUCUCCCAUCGUCACCUCCGGCCUCAUCAUGCAGCUGCUGGCUGGAGCCAAGAUCAUCGAAGUGGGGGACACCCCCAAGGACAGAGCCCUGUUCAACGGCGCGCAGAAACUGUUCGGCAUGAUCAUCACCAUCGGCCAGGCCAUCGUGUACGUGAUGACUGGGAUGUACGGAGACCCGUCGGAGAUGGGCGCCGGGAUCUGCCUGCUCAUCAUUAUCCAGCUGUUUGUGGCCGGCCUGAUCGUGCUGCUGCUGGACGAGCUGCUGCAGAAGGGCUAUGGCCUGGGCUCGGGUAUCUCCCUCUUCAUCGCCACCAACAUCUGCGAGACCAUCGUGUGGAAGGCCUUCAGCCCCACCACGGUCAACACUGGCAGAGGCACGGAGUUCGAGGGGGCCAUCAUCGCUCUGUUCCACCUGCUCGCCACGCGCAACGACAAGGUGCGCGCCCUGCGGGAGGCCUUCUACCGCCAGAACCUGCCCAACCUCAUGAACCUCAUCGCCACCGUCUUCGUCUUCGCCGUGGUCAUCUACUUCCAGGGUUUCCGAGUGGACCUGCCCAUCAAGUCGGCCCGGUACCGUGGCCAGUACAACACCUAUCCCAUCAAGCUCUUCUACACCUCCAACAUUCCCAUCAUCCUGCAGUCUGCCCUGGUGUCCAAUCUGUACGUCAUCUCCCAGAUGCUCUCCACGCGGUUCAGCGGUAACUUCCUGGUCAACCUGCUGGGCACCUGGUCUGACACCUCUGCAGGCGGGCCGGCCCGCGCCUACCCCGUAGGAGGGCUGUGCUACUACCUCUCGCCCCCGGAGUCCUUCGGCUCGGUUCUGGAUGACCCGGUCCACGCCGUCAUCUACAUCGUCUUCAUGCUGGGCUCCUGCGCCUUCUUCUCCAAGACCUGGAUCGAGGUGUCGGGCUCCUCUGCCAAAGACGUGGCCAAGCAGCUGAAGGAGCAGCAGAUGGUGAUGAGGGGCCACAGGGAAACCUCCAUGGUGCACGAGCUGAACAGGUACAUUCCCACAGCCGCCGCCUUCGGGGGGCUGUGCAUCGGGGGCCUGUCCGUCAUGGCCGACUUCCUGGGCGCGAUCGGCUCGGGGACGGGGAUCCUGCUGGCCGUCACCAUCAUCUACCAGUAUUUCGAGAUCUUCGUCAAGGAGCAGAGCGAAGUGGGGAGCAUGGGGGCCCUCCUCUUCUAGCCCCCCGGCCCACCUGACGGUUGCUUCCUCCUCCCUCGGUUUCCUGGGUGGUUCUGUUUGUCCUGGUGGUUAUUUUUUUCCACGGUUUGUUUUGUUUUUUUUUUGUUGACCAGACUGACUUUUUUUUUGUUAAAAGAAAAUGUGCACGGUAUAAAUAUAUAUAUAUUUUCUUUUUUACUGGUGCACAUAAGCAAAAAAUUUCCAGAGUUAGUGAAAUUUCAAGGGUCGGCAGGACCCCUGGAAUGUUUGCGAGGAGGGGCGCGUGACCGCGCUUUCUGCGCUCGGGUGCUGGAAGACGCGUGGUCCUCUCCGCCCGGCUGUCCGUCUGUUUGGUACUGUGUGCCAUUCGCCCCUUUUUUCCCCUUUUUACAAUAAAACUGGUGUUGGAAAAGCUCAA